AACAUGAAGCAUGUUGAUACCAUCGUUGCCGUCGUUGAGACGAACUCAUCGUGACCAGGUUGAGAAAAGUGUUGUAUAAUCGGCUGAUGGUGUGUUCCUAGAGGAUAUGACCGAAUAUUCCUGAACGGUAGUGUUUGAAAAUUAUUUUACUCAAGUUUUUCCAAUCAUAAUGUCAAAGCGAGAAAGUGGGAGCAAGGCAUGACUGCAUUUUCCGGAUUACAUAACAGCUGAUUGAGAAAAGGAAGGAGAGCAACAAAAAUAUUGUUCCCGACAAGUUCACGCUAAUACCGGCAUCGGAAAGAUCCACACAGUUCAGCACAAUUCGACGCGAGAAACCAACGCACAACGUGCAACGAAUCGCAAAAAAGGCAUUUUCUUUCAGAUAAGUGAAACUCUCAAGAGAGGUCUAGAAUUCUCCGAAGCAGGAUUCAAAAAAUGAAGAUUAUUUGGCAAUGUGUUCAACAACGUGAGUGACGACUAGAUAUUAACGAAGCGACAGAAACAUCACGAGGCACGUGAGUUUUUUUGUAGCAGUAGUUGUAAAGACAACGAUUAUGCAACGACGAAAGGAGUUGAGUAUUCUUAAAAAAAGGAAAGCAACGAAGACGGCAUCGAGCUUAAAUAAUCGUUUGUGCAUGUGAGAGAAAACAGCAGCAAAGAUUAGCUGGUUCUAGAAAGCGUGUCCCGGUUCAUGUUUGCUGGUGAAAUUGUUUUUCUCUAUUCCGAGGAACUGUUUCUAUUGAGCAAGUGGGAAAUCAUUCAAAUUAUCAGCAGGUGAAAAUUUCAACCAACAUAAAGAAGUGUAAGAAGAUAAAUACGGCACCAUCUGUGACAGCUCUGGAAAAAAAUAUUCGAUGGCGAAAGGUACCAGGAAGAAAACCAAAUGGGUAUCCCUGUCGCUAGUUAAUACAAGCUCGACUGAUUCUGAUGCGACACAGAAUCUUAGCGACAAAUCCUCAACAUCAACCCGAGGGAUAAAAACAUAUAAAACUGUCGUCACCGAGAAUAAUGGCGAGCCUUUAAAUCGGUAUGCGUCAAAAGUCUACGACCAUGCGACAUCUGAUCGAAAAUCGCCCUGGUUUACGUAUGGACGUUCCCGUAAGCCACCAUCGGACAGUGGUGCAACAUCAUACUCGAGUACAGAGCAUGAUCAUUCUCAUCUUCCUAAACUGUAUGCUCCGUAUUCGAGAGACCAUUACAAUAAUUUUAAUCAUCAGAACCACAGCGGUAAAAGGACUUACUAUAGUAAUAACAAUGAAAGUAAUUAUAGAAGCAGCACAUGCGACAAGCCUAUUUUUAAUAGCAAGAACGAACUAAACGAUGAGACAGUUAUAAACGAAGAUGAAUACACGAAAAUAACAACUCCACGUCAAGAUGUCCUUUUCAAGAAAGGCUAUCUAUCCAGGCCGAAGAGAAACGGCUCAGCGACAACGACUAUUAGUGAGGAUGGAAUGAUAACAGCGAGCAGCUUCGCCAACGGUACAGUCGAUGAGAGUGAUGUCAUGACGGCCAGUGGAAGCGUUUCAGCCACUGAAUCGAUUAUGUCAGACGCCACUUACCUGACUGAAGGGCAUUUUGUUGAUUAUCCUACCCCGUAUCCCUAUUUUGGAUACUUUGAUCAAAGUGGAGUUCUUGUCAUGAACGGUUUUGCCGUAGAUAAUAGCGGGUUCUCUUACAUGAACGGUGGCCAGACAUACAUAUAUCCUCCGAACUAUCACUGCCAGCCAACAUUUGAAGGAGAUAAUCAGAUGGCAGGAUUAAUUGUCAAUGGUUCUGUAGCGGAACCUUCAGUAGAGCCAAUUCAUAGUGAAGUUAUUAAGAAUUCGCACACAAUGGAUGCGACAGGAAUCGGUGAUAGCGCUUGUUGCGAUAGUAAUUCGUUGGAGAACAAUGAUAGUGUAGAAUCGGAGGGUGCUUCUCGUUUUCAGCAGGCCGAAUGGAUAUCUGAUGAUGGCGAAACGCUUGUGAAUGGGACGGUACACGAACAAGGGAGAGUCAGUGAAGUAGAUAAUACCGAUAAUUCGGAUCAGCAAGUGCCACAGGAACAAAUCGAUAUGAACUUUUACGUUAAUGGAUAUGACUAUGCUCAACUUUAUAAUACGUUUUAUUAUCCUAGCUGUGUUAUGGCGCCACUAACUGUUUUUGAAAACGUUCCGUUUUAUGACCAAUGUGGCUUCAUCAAUGAGGAUUACGAUUCCAGAGCGCACAGUUUUAAAAAACGAAAGAAGCGAUACAGAAAUUGGGAGGAGAACACGGCCCUCUCCAGUAUUCUGGAACCAGAAUUGGCUCCAUCUGCCGAAGUGUCCGCUAUCGACGCCGGUGUAAAGUAUAAUGCUGAAACUCGUACAACUUCUGAAAUCCCACCGAAUGAACUGACGAAAAACGUACCAAGCAAUGAAAGUUCUGCAACUCUACUGGAAAGAUCACCGGAAGCGCGCAAACCGGACGAUAGAUCUCAAAUUAAUCAGGCCCCUCAAAUGCCAAUAAUGAAAUUAAAAAUGUCGUUGCCGAAAUCGCGGAAGAAGAACUUGAUUGAAUCAACGUUGGCGUUCGCAAUGCAAAACAUUGAUCUUACAAAAGAAGCUGCUUGCAGACAGUCAGAGUGUGAGGUGCGAAGAAGUGAGGAAAAUGCAUGGAAAACCAUGCGUAAUGGAAAGGAAAUCAUAGCGGAAGAGGACCGUGAACUGCGCUUCAUCGACACCACAUCAAUGACAAAGAUGGCUUCCAUUAAAGAGAUUCCCGAAUCGUGUUUCAAUGAGGAACGUUCUUACGAAACGACGAAACAGGAGAACGUAUUGGUUGCACAAGCACAACAAGAAGUAAGCACUGACCAAAAGAAUAUCGCUAGUAGGAAGGGAAAAAAGACUGCCAAAGGGAAGGGGAGAAAACAGAAAAAGAACAUUUUUUCUCAACAGCAGAAAGGCUUUGAAUUGAUCGAGCCUGAAUUUUCAAUCACUUCUACUGUAGAUGAGAACAACGAAAAUACCAUUGAUACAGAUGAGUCAGAUUCGUACCAAAAGGAAACCAUUGAAAUUGUUCAGCCAGAGGCUGAAACAGAGUUUGAGCAUAAGUCGAUUGAUUCUUUCCAGGAAGUGAAAAAUAUCGAUAGCAAUACAGAGAAUGUCCUAGGAACAGAAUGCCAAAGCCAACAGGUUUGCAGCGUUCAAACGGAAGAAGUUUGUUUGUCCAUGGCGGAUGCUGCUGUAAACUGUACAAGUAUAAAUUCGCAUUCCCCACAACAAAGAGCUGUGGAAGUGAGCAGUAUAAAAACUAUACCGGUUGAUCCAGAAAAAUGCCACGAAAAUGAAGUGCCUUUGGAGUUGGCGGAGAGUGGUCAUUCUGAGGGCUCAUCUACUAUGAUCAAUGAUAUGAAUGGAGAGGAAUCAGAAGGGAAUUGCAGCUCGCCUAUUUUGAAUAUCAUGUAUCCAACGCCUGGCUUGAUAUCUAAUUGCGAUGAAGAGAUAUGUGAAGAAGAGAAUGAUUCGAAAUGUGACCAUUUUUCAGGAGAGGAAUGUUCUGAGAAUUUCGAUUCUGGUCUCCAAAGUCCUGCUGCGUUCAUCCCAGCAACGUCCGAUGAGAAAGAGCGUAAACUAUCAUUUAGUUCCUAUAAAAUCAAUAGCAUGCACAUGACGGAUGCUGUUACAAAAUGGCUUUCAGAAACAUUAAACAGCAAGAAGCUGGAAGAAAUGUUCAUUAUUCCAGAAGAUCCCACUUUGCUUCAGCGAAUCCAUCAGUUCAAUUUAAUGAGCUUACAUGAUUCCUUCCUACUGUCCUCAGAUUCCUACAGUAGCAGUAGCGGUGAUGAAGCUGAAGACGUCGACAGUGAUUAUAUGAGUGACAUUCAACUGAGGAAGCAUCAAAUCAGCCUUAACGACUGCAACCCAAAGACAGAAUCCCAGAAAGAUCCUCUUGCCAAGCAGACUGCUAAUGGUCAUCAUCGAUUGAAUGUUGACCAUUCUAAUCAUAAGCAAAAACGUUGUAUUAUUAUGUAAAGACGUGCGCCAAUAAAACAUGAUUAUCAUUUUAAAAAAGCGCAAACAACCGAACAAAACUUUCAUCGCUCAUACAUGUAGAAUUAACGAUCUUCUCAUUUGUCAUGUACUUAAAUUUUCUGUUUGUAUGUUUACGUGGCAUUCAUUUGAAUUUAUUUGUGAAUCUGAAUAAAUAGACAUGUUAAGAAAAAUUUAUUGUUUUACUUUAAAUAAAGUAUCUUCAGAGCAUAAGGCAUUAACCUUGA